AAUAAGUUACUGAGAGAAAAGUUGUAAAACAGAAUCAUCCCGACAGUUUAUUCAUGAUCCCACUCACUCACGUCAUCCGCCAUUAAUCACCGACCUUGCUCGAAUAUCUGUAGCUCUACUCUUGAGGGUAGCACGUGGAAGUGAUAGAGUGAGUGAAAACCAUGCCUGAGAACCUAGGAUGUGUGCUGGUGGCCGUCGAUGGCAGCGAAGAGAGCAUGAACGCUUUAAAUUGGGCAAUCGAUAACGUCAAGCUUCGUCCCGAGGGAUCUAUAGUAAUUAUUCAUGUUCAAUCACCGCCAUCAAUCGCCGUCGGUCUCAAUCCCGGUGCUAUCCCCUUCGGUGGCCCUAGUAGUGUGGAGGUGCCGGCGUUUACUGAAGCUAUUGAGGCGCACCAGCGGCGGAUUACCGAUGCUAUCAUAAAUCAUGCUAUGAAGAUUUGCACCGAUAAGAAUAUGGAAGUGAAGACACAUAUAGUGAUUGGGGAUCCUAAGGAAAAAAUAUGUGAAGCCGUUGAGGAGUUGCAUGUUGAUUUGCUUGUAAUGGGAUGCCGCUCUUUUGGUCCUAUCAAGAGGAUGUUUUUGGGAAGUGUAAGCAACUACUGCUCCAACCAUGUGUCAUGCCCUGUAAUGAUAGUUAAAGGCACUACUUGAAAUGUCUGCUUUUGUUCAGCUUCAUUGAAGGAUCCUGGUCAACACAAGUCAAUGCUCUUCUAAUAAUCUUCCAUUUUUGGCAAAAGCUAUAGUAUCGGGUGCCAAAAUUUGGUGAGUACACUGUUCUUUGUUAUAUGUUUUAUCUAUUGUACAUUAUUGUUUAAGCUAUGAUUCUCGAGUUGUACAAAUCUGUAUUUUAUAUUUUUAUAUAAACAAACAAACAUUUUAUGUAA